AUGACUGUAAUGUGGCUCAACGCCUCCUCCUCUUUCUCCCCCUCCUCCCCAUUCCUGCUCACUGGCUUCCCAGGUCUGGAGAAAGCCCAUCAUCUGCUCUCCCUCCCAUUGCUGACGGCCUAUAUCUCCAUACUCCUUGGCAAUGGCACCCUUCUUUUCCUCAUUAAGGAUGACCGUAAACUCCAUGAGCCCAUGUACUAUUUCUUAGGUAUGCUGGCAGCUACGGAUCUUGGAGUGACACUGGCCACCAUGCCCACAGUGCUGGGUGUGCUGUGGUUAAAUCACAGGGAGAUUGGCCAUGGUGCCUGCUUCUCUCAGGCCUACUUUAUCCACACUCUCUCUAUUGUGGAGUCAGGGGUCCUCCUUGCCAUGGCCUAUGACCGUUUCAUUGCCAUUCGCAACCCAUUAAGAUAUACCACCAUCCUCACUGACACUAGGGUAAUGCAGAUCGGCAUAAGUGUAUUGACAAGGGCUGGUCUAUCAAUCAUGCCAAUAAUCAUUCGCCUGCAUUGGUUUCCCUAUUGUCGAUCCCACGUGCUCUCCCAUGCUUUCUGUCUCCACCAAGACGUCAUUAAGCUAGCCUGUGCUGACAUUACAUUCAAUCGUCUCUAUCCAAUUGUGGUUGUAUUUGCAAUGGUCCUGCUAGAUUUUCUGAUUAUCUUCUUCUCCUAUGUUCUGAUUCUCAAGACUGUCAUGGGCAUUGCUUCUACAGAUGAGAGAGCCAAGGCCCUCAACACGUGUGUCUCCCAUAUCUGUUGCAUCCUGGUUUUCUAUGUUACUGUGGUUGGUUUGACAUUUAUUCACAGGUUUGGAAAGCACGUUCCUCAUGUGGUCCAUAUCACAAUGAGCUACAUCUACUUCCUUUUCCCCCCUUUUAUGAACCCUGUCAUCUAUAGCAUUAAGACCAAACAGAUUCAGAGUGGUUUGCUUCGCUUAUUCUCCCUGCCUUGUUCUAGAACAUGA